GUCCCAAAGAAGUUCAGCAAAUACCUCCUCCUCCUCCGCCUUUCCCCCUCUUCCCCCCUCCCCCCCACAAUUUGCUUCUUUGAAUUCGGAGCUUUCCGGCAGAGAUUAGAAAGGAUCGCGGGGGUUCUCAGUGCAUGCCCCCAAGCACCAGAGUAUCUUUGAGCAAGGUUUCCCCAGUUUUCAUGAUGUUGCAACUACUCAGGAACAAACGAUAUAGGGUAGCAAUCAGCCAUUUAAAACGCCUCCAUCAUAAGGCUGUGCUGGCACUCAGGCGAGAAGAUGUAAAUGCAUGGGAAAGAAGGGCACCUCUAGCCCCAAAGCACAUCAAAGGAAUCACCAAUUUGGGAUAUAAGGUGCUUGUUCAACCUUCGAAUCGGAGAGCCAUUCAUGAUAAGGAAUAUGUCAAAGCUGGUGGCAUUCUUCAGGAAGACAUUUCUGAGGCUUGCCUCAUUGUGGGAGUGAAGAGGCCACCAGAAGAAAAAUUAAUGCCUAAGAAGACGUAUGCAUUCUUCUCUCACACAAUCAAGGCUCAGGAAGCAAAUAUGGGCUUGCUGGAUGAGAUUCUGAGACAGGAAAUCCGGCUUAUUGAUUAUGAGAAAAUGGUUGAUCAUAAAGGAACACGUGUGGUAGCCUUUGGGCAAUGGGCAGGCGUGGCAGGGAUGAUCAACAUUUUACAUGGAAUGGGCUUAAGGUUCCUUGCCCUGGGACAUCACACACCUUUUAUGCAUAUUGGUAUGGCCCAUAACUACAGGAACAGCAGUCAGGCUGUGCAAGCUGUACGUGAUGCUGGCUAUGAAAUUUCUCUGGGAUUGAUGCCCAAGUCUAUAGGACCUUUAACAUUUGUGUUCACUGGAACUGGUAAUGUGUCUAAGGGUGCUCAGGAGAUCUUCAAUGAGCUCCCUUGUGAGUUUGUGGAGCCACAUGAGUUAAGAGAAGUUUCCCAAAACGGAGAUCUCAGGAAAGUAUAUGGGACAGUGUUAAGUCGACAUCAUCACCUUGUCAGGAAAAGAGAUGGGGUGUAUGACCCUGCAGAAUAUGACAAGCAUCCUCACCUCUACACUUCUCGCUUUAACACUGAUAUUGCCCCAUAUACUACUUGUUUAAUUAAUGGAAUCUACUGGGAGCAAGACACACCUCGGCUAUUGAGCCGCCAAGAUGCCCAGAAGCUCCUUGCCCCAGUAAAAACUUCAGUUGCUGCUGUUGAGGGUUGCCCUUCAUUGCCCCACAAACUUGUGGCCAUAUGUGACAUUUCAGCUGACACUGGUGGGUCUAUAGAAUUUAUGACAGAGUGUACGACAAUAGAUAGUCCCUUCUGUAUGUAUGAUGCUGACCAGCAUAUUAUUCAUGACAGUGUCGAAGGCUCUGGGAUACUCAUGUGUUCCAUUGACAAUUUACCAGCCCAGCUCCCAAUUGAAGCUACAGAAUACUUUGGAGAUAUGCUUUUUCCCUAUGUUGAAGAAAUGAUAUUAUCAGAUGCGACUCAGCCUCUUGAAAGUCAGAAUUUCUCUCCUGUUGUCCGAGAUGCAGUGAUUGCAUCCAAUGGAUCAUUGCCUGAUAAGUAUAAAUAUAUCCUGAAACUACGGGAGAGCAGGGAGCGUGCACAGUUGCUUUCAAUGGGCAACACGAAGAAAGUGUUGCUACUUGGAACUGGCUAUGUGUCUGAGCCAGUACUAGAAUACCUUUCUAGAGAUGGUAGCAUUGAAAUAACAGUAGGCUCAGAUAUGAAGAAUCAGCUUGAACAUUUGGCCAAGAAAUACAACAUUAACCCCAUUGUUUUGAAUAUUGGCAAGCAAGAGGAGAGACUGGCCAGUUUGGUAAAGAAACAAGACCUUGUGAUCAGCUUGCUACCAUAUGUAUUACAUCCUCUUGUGGCCAAGGCAUGUAUUGCCAGCAAAGUGAAUAUGGUCACUGCCAGCUAUAUCACACCAGCCAUCAAAGAACUGGAGAAAAGUGUGGAUGAAGCUGGCAUCACAAUAAUUGGAGAGUUGGGAUUGGACCCUGGCCUUGACCAUAUGUUGGCCAUGGAAACAAUUGAUAAAGCUAAAGAAGUAGGAGCCACGAUUGAAUCUUAUGUCUCUUUUUGUGGUGGCUUGCCAGCACCAGAGCAUUCAGACAAUCCUUUGAGAUACAAAUUCAGCUGGAGCCCAGUUGGAGUCUUACUGAACAUACUACAACCUGCUAAAUAUCUACUCAAUGGAGAGGUGGUUGAUGCUGGUGGGGCAUCUUUUCUUGAUUAUGUCAACUCCAUGGAUUAUUUCCCAGGAUUAAAUUUGGAAGGCUACCCCAACAGAGAUAGUAUCAAGUAUGCAGAGAUAUAUGAUAUUCCGUUUGCUCAUACCUUGCUGCGAGGGACUCUAAGAUAUAAGGGAUAUGCGAAAGCUCUGAAUGGAUUCGUGAAACUGGGUCUCAUCAAUAGAGAUGCAUAUCCUGCCCUUAGUCCUGAGGCCUCACCUAUCACCUGGAAAGAACUGCUCUGUGAGUUGGUUGGGAUUUCACCUUCCUCCACUCCUGAUGUACUUAAGGAAGCUGUCUACAAGAAACUGGAUGGGGAUGACAUGCAGCUGCAGGCCAUAGAAUGGUUUGGUUUAUUUGGAGAUGAACAAGUCCCCAGAGCGGGGUCUCUAGUGGAUGCCUUCUCUAAACAUUUGGUGAUGAAACUUUCCUAUGGUCCUGGAGAAAAAGAUAUGAUUGUAAUGAGAGACAGUUUUGGAAUACGGCAUCCUUCUGGUCAUCUAGAACACAAAAAUAUUGAUCUUGUGGUAUAUGGUGAGGUCAAUGGAUUUUCAGCCAUGGCUAAGACGGUUGGUCUGCCAGCAGCCAUGGCUGCCAAAAUGAUACUGGAUGGUGAAAUUAAAGCAAAAGGCCUAAUUGGGCCCUUUACAAAGGAGAUCUAUGGACCAAUACUGGAGCGUAUUAAAGCAGAAGGCAUUAUAUACACAGUUCAAAGCACCAUCAAGCAGUAAUUGGGAAUAACCAUAUAAUUAAAUCUACCAGGAAAAAAAAAACUUGCCAAAGAAUCCAAAACCUUUGUGCUAUAAGCAUACUUCCCAAUGUACUUUUUUAUGCUAUCAUAUACAAUAACAUAUUUUUGAUUGAGUGAAAGGAAUAAUUUUUGUGAAAAUACAAUUCUAUUUUUCAUGCUAAUUCUUUGAUACAUGAAAUUUCACUAAUUGUUAGAGACUAUAAUGUUUUUUUAACCAUGGAUUCCUUCUUCUGUAUAUAUAAAAGUGAAGAUAAAAUAGAUCUUCAUUAAUUUAUUGUACAUUUUUGCUGAAUCUUUUAGGAAUUAAUUUCUCCAGGUAUAUGAGCAUAUAUUUUUCCACUUGGGGGGUUCUAGCCAGAACAUUUUUCCUGUUUGCAACCAUAAUUUUAUUGUAAAGGGUAAAUUUUGGGUUGAGACUGAAUAAUAUAAAUGUAAUUGGUCACUAGGGAUUUAAUUUCUUAAAUCCCAAUGAAGCACUCAAGGCCGAAUGGAAUUUUAUGGUGAUUUAUUUACAACAGGAGGAAGAAAUUAAGAGAGAGAGAGAGAGGAAAAAGAGUUAAUUUAAACUGCUCCAGCUCAGGCUGAGCCAGGCAGGAGUUCAAGGUCUUGCCCAAGGGGCCUCCCCAGAGAGCCAAGGGAAAGGUCAGUCAGUCUUAUCACUCACCACAUGACUUUCUCAAGGAAGCUGUCUGAGGGAACUCCUCCAGGCUCCAGUUCCAGGGUCAAUUGGUGCCCAGGCCUCCUCACAGGAAGUGACAAGAACUUCAAAAACAGUUCUCUACAUGACUUCCUGUGUCUCACAUGUGCCAAUAGUGGCUCAAGCUUGGCUUAGGACAGCCCAGGGGACAAUAAAUUGUUUCUGAUUUGUCACUUGCUAGCACAUGCCAGUGUAGUGGGGGUGUAUACAUUCCUGGGUUGUUAGACUAAGCAAAAUGGAGACAAUCUAAAAAUCAUAUUAUAUUUUUCAAGUCAACUGAAUUGGCUUUAGAUUACCUAUCUAUAAAACUUUUAUAUAUUCCACUAAAAGAUUUAUAUUCUCGCUAUAAACAUCUCUUAUUGUGGUGUAACUGAGGAGACAUAUUCAGAGGAAGUCAGGAGAGUUCUCAAAUUCACACAACAGUUUAGAGGAAGAGCUCAUGCUAAAAUUCAUGUCUCAUGGUUUCUCAUCUCAACUCUUCCUUUUCCUCUAUUGUAUCUGCCCCUGGGAUGUUUCAUUAUGCCCAAUUCUCUGUUUAGUAUGAUUUGUAAUGCAACUAUUAAUAUUUAGAAUCCACCGAUUAUCCACAAUAGAAUAAAGAUACAUUAAAGAAAGCUCUCUAAGAUGGACAAUUCCAGCCAGCCAAGAAAUUGAAGUUCUCAUUUUGUGAUUUCUCAUAUCCCUUUCAUUCUCAAUGCUUGCUAUGAUGAGAUACAUUAUUUUAAUUUCUAUUAAAACACAUUUUUCUUUCUCUUAAUGCUGUGCAUUAAUUUUAAGAAGAGGCCUUUGCUCAGUUCUAAGCUCUGGAUCAGGCUUACAUUGAUGGUGUAUGGAAUUGCUUGUUAAUUGGUUGAGAAGUGUAACCUCUUCACUUUUUAUCCUGUGAUGGAAUGUUUCUUAGGAUUUGUGGAAGUUCAUUUCUCAUCAAAAAGAUAAACACCUAAGGUUGCUUGGAUGGAAAAUUAGAGAUAAAUAUGGAGAAAGAAAUUAAAUGGUAAAUGAAUGGAGAAAGAAUGGUUUGUUUAAUAGACCAAUUUGGCCUAGAUUAAAAAAAGUAAAGUUAACCUUUUAGAUUACUAGUUUAGUUUUCAGAAUUUAUAUACUCACUUUAGUAUUUAGUAUAGUUGCAUUUUAAUCAAUUUUCUCUAUACAUAUUUUAGGUUAGAUAUAUCAUUAUUUUUAAGGGAAGUGAUGCCUGUCAUGAUUUGGAAUUUUUAAAGCCAUAUCCCUCAAUGAAGCUUGCUUUCAAAAGAAAAAUUAAGUUCCUUUAUUCCUGAGUUAAAGGACAGCAGCUUAUUGAUAUCCCCUUUCCCUUGGUAAAGAUGUUUUCUUUCUCUUCUGAACUAUAGGUAUGAAUAUCAUGAGAUAUCUGCCCUCUCAAAAAUUAAUAAAAGUACUGAUUUUAAAACUUUUUAGUGGAUCACUUGGAUUUUCCAAGAUCUAGAAUGCUCCUUUUUUUUUUUUAAAGAAAAAGAGUUCCAUUUGUUGUUGGGACUUUUGUUUCAAGAGACAAUUCGCAUAAAAGGAGUAUGUAAAGAUAUGAGGUUGUACUUUGAAUUGAAAAUAAAUGUCUUUGAAAUUUAAAAAA